AUGGGCGGGAGUGCACCGCCAUUCCUCUACGACCCUCCACCACGACACGCUCCCGCCUCGCCAGAGAGGCCGUUCAAUCCCAAGCUCUAUACCCAGGCCUCUCAGUCCCCGCCAAAGCCGAAACCGAAGAAAAAUGGCCCGCUGAUCAAUUUCAACCAGCAUCCGGACUCGUUCGGGUUGAUCGCGAAUGCCAGAGGCAACAUCAAAUCAAUGAGCCCUCAAACAAAGCGAAGAGUAAACUAUGCGAGGCGGUUCCAACUUGCAUUGCGCGCUCUGACCCUAAUUGGGGCGCUGGGGUUGCUGUUUUGUGUCAUUUGCAUCAAAGGCACAACUGUGACUCUCGCAUGGAUGAUCCGGGUCCCGCCUUGCGUUUCAAUUGUCCAUACCCUCUAUGGAAUAUAUCACCUCUUUCGCUCUGCGAAUGCGCGAACCCCGGCUUCCUCGGCAAGCUAUAUGCUAUUUGCAUCAGUGCUGGAUGCUGGGCUAAUCCCGUUAUACGUAUUUACCGCGAUCGUUUCACAUGUCGAACAUAAAAGCAAAUCAUAUAACUGGGACACGUUGUUUGGGACGACAGAGGCAAAGGAAAUUAUCGUACACGCGACUUUCCUUGCAUGUUCGACAAUCGGUGGACUCCAUCUAAUUUCGCUUGCCUUGGACCUUUAUCUGGCUGUGAUCUUCCGCAAGAUAUCGAAGCUGCCACCCGAUAUGAACCCACUGGAAGACAAUCUUACAUCCCGGAGCCAUAAGCGGAGCAAAUCCGAGAUCGCCGAGAAGCAUUUGAGUCACAGCACGACAGGUUCUGCAGGUGACAAUCGCCAAUCACUUGCUCAGGAACCAUUGAUCCCUACUCGUUCUGUGCCGUUCAUGCAUACUCGGACGGACUCCGCGAGCACCCUUUCUGGGAAUGACAUUCGAGGCCAGGACAGCCCUAGGACUUCGUACUAUUCGGCACAGUCCUAUCGGUACUCGAGGUCUGACCUUCCUAGCCAGCAAAUGUUGUAUUACGAGCAAUUAAACAAAUCAAAAGCGGAUAUUGCGCGCACGCCUGCGCAGCGGCGCGGUACAACGCCAUCUCGUCCUCAGUCAGUUUUUGUGGAUGCUCCUCAGGAGUUGAAUCAGUCCCAUUUGGAUGUCGCAGAUACCAAGACGCGAGACCCAAGCGGCGUUUCUUCUUUAUCAGACGAAAAUUGGUGCAUGCAUUCAUCCUCACCGCCAUCUCCCGAAACAUACCCCGUCGAUGCUGCUGUUCCACCGUUGUCUGUGGCAAAUAGGGCGGCUACACCUAUGAUACCAGAUAUUGACGACGACAAAUGGGUUGAUUCCGGUAUGCCAGAUAUUAUUCAGCAUCGCAGUGACACUGUGGUACGACGUCGAGGUGACUACGCAGCCCUUGACGAUAGUGACGAGAAUGAGAACUUAUAUGACAAAGAAUAUAUCGAAAAUCUAUACGGAUUUGAGCAUGAUUUGGGAGAUCAGCCACUGGGAUUAAAGGAGGAGGAAUACAAUGAUCCCCGACGCAACCUGCCACUGCAUCCGUUGGAGAUGAAUCCACCCACUCCCAGACCAACUGAGGGCUCAGUUACUCCGCGUACGGGUAGUUUGCGUCGCAUUGCAUUGGCGGAUAUACCGAACCCGCCAUCUGACAGUGGGCGAUCCACACCCGUCAAAAAUAGCAAGCUUAGGUCUUAUGGCGAACUUGAACAAACCAAAGCGUCUCCAGCACAACGUGCCGGGAGCUUGCGAGGCAAACCCGCCCUUCCAAAUAGCACCGAAAAAAAGAAGACGCGGUGGAGGCGCAAGACUGGUAAUUACGAGGUCGUCGAUAUCAAUGACAAUGACAGCGAUACCGGCAACGAUAACUUGGCGGAUCAGGAGAAUGGAGAUCGGAAGGGCCGCGUUGUCAGCAAUACCGGUAUUGACUUGGGAUCUGGAGCUACCGGGUACGGAAGUUACAUUGCAGGCCUGGGGGUCGGAAGAAGGCGAGAAGUGAGCGGAAAGGUAGCUGAAGAAGGUCGAGGAGGUAGCCUGGGCCCCGAAGAUGAUAGUCCUGGGACGAAGGGAAAGAGACUGUCCAAGUCAGGGGAUUACCGGGCAGCAGGGUGGGCACGAUUCAAGGGCCUUUGA